UGACUCCCAAUAAUCAACCAGCAGUCACAUUCAAAGAAAACUUAGGAGGGUCUUAUAAGACUGCGGCAUAGAAGUUAGUAUAAAAGAAGCUUGGGGGAUGCUGAGAUAGUCUCCUACAGGGAGGAAGAAAAAGAAAAGGAAGGGUAGGAGGAUGAAUUUGGUAUCUGGAAUAUAUAUUAUGUUAGUAAGUGAAAUACCAAACCCUCAUGCUGUUUUUAUCUUUUUCAUAUGUAGCAUUUAAAAAUAGAAAUUGUGUACGACUGUGAAAUUAAAUGGCUAGCUGGAUUUUGAAGAGUUUCUUUUAUACCUUCUUUUUUAAUUGAUAGGAUCUCUGGGAGAUAAAUUGGUGCUGAAGUUCUGUGGUAGCUACAGGGAGCUCACUUUGUGGCGUGCCUGGUAUAAAAAUUUGCUACAACAAGAGCUAGAGGUAAUCUGUUGAAAUAAUAACAUAACUAAAUUUCUGUGUCUGCUUAAUAUGGCACUCAGAACUACUAAAACAGACUCAGUUCUUGUUUAUUAAUGUGUCAACACAGAGGGAUCAUGAUUGAUACUAAGAGCAAGCCCAGUGUGAAAAGCACUCUCUUGUGAUCAAAGCCAAAAACGAGAGAAGAGGUUCUGAAAGAAGCUUUAGAAGCGGCAGAAUGAUCAUUCCUGUUGGAGCGGGUCCAGCGGAGGGCCACGAAGAUGCUCAGAGGGCUGGAGCACCUCUCCUAUGCGGACAGGCUGAGAGAGUUUGGUUUGUUCAGCCUGGAGAAGAGAAGGCUCGGGGAAGACCUUAUAGCGGCCUUCCAGUACCUGAAGGGGGCCUACAGGAAAGCUGGGGAGGGACUGUUUGCAAGGGCAUGUAGCAAUAGGACAAGGGGCAAUGGUUUUGAACUAGAGCAGGGUAGGUUUAGGUUAGACGUUAGGAAGAAGUUCUUUACAGUGAGGGUGGUGAGGCACUGGCACAGGUUGCCCAGAGAGGUGGUGGAGGCCCCAUCCCUGGAGACAUUCAAGGUCAGGCUUGAUGAGGCUCUGAGCAACCUGAUCUAGUUAAAGAUGUCCCUGCCUACUGCAGGGGGCUUGGACUAGAUGACCUUUAAAGGUUCCUUCCAACCCAACACGUUCUAUGAUUCUGUGAUUAUAGACCUAUGGGGAAACAGAAAGAAAGAGGAUAGAAAGUAGAUGAAGGUUUCCAAAGGAGUAAAGUUUUUGUUGCCUCCUCAACACCUAAGCAGUACAACCCUACUUCCAUAGUAAGGUCUUAAAACUUGUGAAAAAUGCUGUCUGUGUUGCUUUUUUUUUUUUUUCCAUAUUCAUAUGAAUGUAGCCCUUUACAUUUAACCACUCCUUUGCCUGUCUUCCUGUGAACUGGGCUGCAAUGAACACGAGCAUGUCAGGCUGCUGCUGAAACACGACUGGUAAAGAGAUAGGAGCAAACUUGUCAUGUUUUACCUUAGACCCCGGAAAUAUAAAUCAUCAGUGUUUCAAGGACUUUUUUUUAUUCUUAACAUUUUUGCUGUUGCAAAUGAUGGAGCACUUAGGUUGUGCAGAUAAUGGGGGUUUUGUUUUGGCAGCGAACCAGAAAAAUGUGGACGGGGUGAAAGCUGAGAGGUUGUUUUGGAUGAAACAGAUUUUUUUUCAAGGAUUUUUCUUUUGUCUUUCCAAAACAAAAAUUGGAAGAUCUUGUUCCAUUCAAGAAGAAAAUAUUCUGUUUGAGCACAAGAAAAUAUUUUGUUUUGGAGGCUUUGUAAGAAAAAGUUAGUCUAGUUUAUAAAAUAAAUGUUGGUGGUCUCAUUCCCCUUGGUAGGUGUACUCCCUCUUGGUAUGUGUACUCCCUCUGGCCACAGAAGAGUAUUUCUCUCCUUUGCCUGACGGGAGGUUUAAAGCUGUAUCUCCUUCCCCCAGCAGUGGGUGAGAACAAUAGCAAGGGUCUGUGGAGUGCCAGGGCAUUGCCGUUGGCACUGGGAAGACUGUACAAUUACGCAGCCGAUUUCAGGACAAAGUGGUCAGCUGGCGCCAUUACAUGCCACAUUUGCAUCCACGCGUGACAUUUAAUGUGCAUUAAACUCAACCAUGCUGUUAGCUACCUCCCAUGUCUAAGUUCAAUUGCAUCAAAAUGCACUAGAGGGUUGCCCUUGAACUAAUUUUCACCUGUAAGCCUUUAGAAGAGAGCCCUGACUCAUUUCCUUUGCGUGGAGGUUCAGCGCUGAGGAGGGAGUACUGGCACGCUUCCUUCAGCCGUGAGCUUAAUGUGCCCUCAGCCUCCGAGAGCUGUUCUGCAGUAAGUCAUUUGUCAUGGGAAAGUUUGGAGCAUUAAACUUCAGGAUGUGGAUUACUUGUGUAAUGCUGGUGAAGGAUGCCCCAUGGGAUGAGGUCCCUCUCGCUCACUCCUUAGUUGGUUUUGCCACUGCGUAUGACUUCUUGUACAGCUAUCUUAGCAAGACUCAACAGGAGAGAUUUCUUGAGGUAAUUGCCAAUGCCUCGGGAUAUAUGUACGAAACAUCAUACAGACGUGGAUGGGGCUUCCAGUACCUCCACAACCACCAACCUACCAACUGUGUGGCCCUGCUGGCUGGAAGCCUGGUUCUGAUGAAUCAAGGCUACCUUCAGGAAGCUUACUUGUGGACGAAGCAAGUGUUGGCAAUCAUGGAGAAGUCAGUAGUCCUGCUGCAGGAAGUCACAGAUGGCUCCCUCUAUGAAGGGGUGGCUUACGGCAGCUACACGACCAGGUCGCUGUUUCAGUACAUGUUUCUUGUUCAAAGGCACUUUGAUAUCAAUCACUUCAGCCACCCCUGGCUCAAGCAGCACUUUGCGUUUAUGUACAGGACUGUCCUGCCAGGGUUUCAGAGAACUGUGGCCAUUGCGGAUUCCAACUAUAACUGGUUCUACGGGCCGGAGAGCCAGCUGGUGUUUCUCGACAAAUUUGUCAUGCGCAACGGCAGCGGGAACUGGUUGGCAGAGCAGAUCAGAAGGAACCGAGUGGUGGAGGGCCCGGGGACACCAUCCAAAGGGCAGAGGUGGUGCACUCUCCACACUGAAUUUCUCUGGUAUGAUGCAAGUUUGCGCUCCAUACCUCCGCCAGAUUAUGGGGUUCCUAAGCUGCAUUACUUUGAGGACUGGGGAGUGGUAACCUAUGGAAGUGCUUUGCCAGCUGAAAUCAACAGGCCUUUCCUUUCCUUCAAGUCAGGAAAGCUGGGAGGACGUGCAAUAUAUGAUAUUGUUCAUAAGAACAAGUACAAAGAGUGGAUCAAGGGGUGGAGGAACUUUAAUGCUGGCCAUGAACACCCGGACCAGAACUCCUUUACUUUUGCUCCCAAUGGCGUACCUUUCAUAACAGAAGCUCUGUAUGGGCCAAAAUAUACUUUUUUUAAUAAUGUGUUGAUGUUUUCCCCUGCCGUGUCCAAGAGCUGCUUCUCCCCAUGGGAAGGGCAGAUUACAGAAGACUGUUCCUCAAAGUGGCUUAAAUAUAAACAUGAUUUGGCUGGUGACUGUCAGGGACGAGUGGUUGCCGCCAUGGAGCGCAGCGGGGUGGUUUUUAUCAGGGGAGAAGGAGUGGGUGCAUACAAUCCUAAACUGAAGCUAAGAAAAUUGCAAAGAAACCUCAUACUUCUCCAUCCCCAGCUUCUCUUGCUAGUGGACCAAAUCCAUCUAGAAGAUGACAGCCCCCUGGAGGCAGCAACCAGUUUCUUCCACAAUGUGGAUGUGCCUUUUGAAGAAACAGUUGUAGAUGAUGUCCAUGGGGCCUUUAUUAGGCACCGUGAUGGGAUAUAUAAGAUGUACUGGAUGGAUGACACUGGCCACAGCGAGAAAGCUACCAUCACCUCAAGGAUGUAUCCCCGGGGCUAUCCAUACAAUGGAACAAACUACGUGAAUGUAACGACCCUGUUGCGGCACCCCGUCACGAGGGCCAUUUACCUUUUCAUUGGGCCCUCCGUUGAUGUGCAGAGCUUCACCGUCCGUGGAGAUUCUCCACAGCUGGAUGUUUUCAUUACCACCAGUGAGCACGCCUACGCCGUCUACCUGUGGCCUGUUGAGGAUGGGUCCCGCUCUCCCUUUGCACAGGUUAUUGCAGACCGCCAGAAAAUUGUCUUUGACCGAGCCUCUGCCAUUAGGAGCUCCGCAGUGCCAGAAGUGAAGGACUACGUAGGGAUAGUGGAGAGGAACCUGCAGCAUUUUAAGCCCGUUUUCCAGCAGCUUGAGAAGCAGAUCUUGUCUCGUGUACGCAACACGGCUAGCUUCAGGAAGACCGCUGAGCGCCUGCUGAGGUUUUCAGAUAAGAGACAGACAGAGGAGGCCAUUGAUAGGAUAUUUGCAAUCUCACAGAGGCAGCAGCAGCAGCACGGCAAAGCAAAGAAAAACAGAAAAGUAGCCAAAGGCUACAAAUUUGUUGAUGCCGUUCCUGACAUUUUUGCACAAAUUGAGGUAAAUGAAAGAAAAGUGCGACAAAAGGCACAGACUCAAGCACAAAAAGAGUUGCCUGUAGAUGAAGAUGAGGAAAUGAAAGAUCUUCUGGAUUUUGCAGAUAUCACUUAUGUGAAGCACAAAACUGGGGUGUCAAUCAAAGGCCGGUCAGGGCUGGCACAGAUGGUGACAACUGCUCGAAGUAGUGCCCCAUCAAUAUCAGCUUCUUAUACUCGCCUCUUUCUAAUUCUCAACAUUGCUAUUUUUUUUGUCAUGUUAGCAAUGCAGCUCACGUAUUUUCAGAAGGCCAAGAGACUGCAUGGCCAAAGAUGUCUGUAUGCAAUACUUUUAGUAGACAGCUGUAUAUUAUUGUGGCUGUAUUCUUCCUGUUCUCAGUCACAAUGUUAGCAGAAGACCUCUACUAGUUGACCAGUUUAUGGUCAUAUACGUCUAUGCAAAAGCAUUAACCCUAAUAGGGCCAAAGACUAUCUUUUUUUCUGAAACAUUCCAAAAACAGCUGGGGUAAGAUUGGUUUCAGACCAGAAGGGAUAGAAGAAUAGGGCAAGCAAUGAAUAUCUUGGAAAACUAAGUACUUAAUAAGUACUCCUCCUUUGUGUUUUGAGUUGGGCCUCACAUCUGAGGGAAUGUUAUGCUUUGUUCAUCAGAGUUCAGUAAUGUAAAGUUGUAAUUAUUUUUUUUGGUGAGAAGAGCCCUCUUAAUAGAUUUUUUUCUAAGGGCUUUCUUUUUUAUACAGAGUUGGGUUUGCAUUUAGUGAGUUUCCAUUUCAGGCUGCUAUGGAUGUCUCCGGACAUUCUCUUAAGAAAAGGACAUUCAAACACAAGUAUGCAAGGCAGAUCUUAGCAGUAGACUUCAUUUCUGUCUGCCAGACCAAAGAAUGCUUCAGUAGGGGACAGUCCUGUACAAUUAUUGCAGACCCUUACAUCAUGUCAUCUCUUCCACGCUUUACAAUCUGGCACCGUGGGAAAUGGCAAUCACGUCAGCACUUGCCAAGUGAGAGGCACAACGCCUAGUAGGCAGCGGCAGAAGGCAAAUACGGGACUAACUCAAAGUAACACAAUUCUCAGGAAAAAAAACCCUUUAUCUUUCAGUCAGGUGUAGACUGCAGAAGGAUGAAUGCUGUAGGGUCUGUUCUCAAUUUUACAAGGCAGGAUUUCAGAAAAGUUUUCUAUAGUCUGAAGCACGUCUUAGUUGGGAGCAAUGUCCUAGAUCACUGCCCUUCCAUAUGCAUUUGUAAAAAUACAAACAAAAAAACCAAAGUGAUCCUGUGGUAACCUCAGCAAUUGCCAGUAUGGAAAAAGAGGUGUUAAGGAAGUAUUUAAUGUCUUAUUUCUGUUCGCAUGGCUAGAAACAGAGGACAGCUAAAACUGUGUGAACAGCCUGUUGUCUGUAAAGCACCAGCAAGGGUUCUGCAAGCUCUUGGUGGCCCCGGGUCAAUUAUUUGGGGAUUAGUGGUAAAUGGAAUCAUGUGGUUUAUGACAAAAAUAAGUUUGACAUCUCCACAUAUAUCCCCUUCUGUUCAUUAAACUGAUUUCAAAAAAUCAUAGCUAUUAGAGAGAAUGGAAGCUCUAUGAAAUUGGGGCGUAUCUGUAUGCCUUUACAGAAAAACAAUUCUUCCAGUACAUUUGCUAAAUAAAAACAUUAUAGUUGUCUCUGUGGAAAAGUUGUUUUUCUUUGAUUAAAAUAUUUUUCCUCACCAUUACGGUAAUGAUGUUCAUCAGCCCUUUGUUCAAACUACAAACACCUGUUUCCUCUUCGUUACACCCGUUAUCUCCAUUGCUGCUUUAAGCCUUCUGCGA